UCUUCCUUGAUUGACUCAAGGCAGCUGCGACCAGUUCUCCCAGAGAGAAGCAUUAAAUCUGAAGGCUUCAGAGCGAGCAUCUUGGCUCCACGCCUGCCUUCGGGCCCCCUCACAGCCCACAGCACAGGCACCUUCCAGAGUGUCAUUCCCAGAGCCAGAAGAGUACAACUUAGCUGUUGGAAAAAAAAACAUUCUCCAUUUCAUGCCGGAGCAAGGAGGUUACACCCAGAAAUCACAAUAGCUUCACUCUUCAUAGAACUGAGAUUUCCUAUUUCUCUACCUCUCAAGUCAUGGAAGAUCUAGAAGCAUUUGAAGAGUAUGAGUACUAUCCCGAUUACGUGGACUAUCCCUUCCCAGAGCCAGAUUUGGAGGAGAAAGUCUACCUGGGCGCUGUUCAAUGGGUCUCCCUGGUGUUGUGUGGCUUAGCAUUUGUUCUGGGAAUUCCAGGAAAUGCCAUGGUCAUUUGGCUCACAGGAUUCAAGUGGAAGAAGACAGUUACCACGCUCUGGUUCCUCAAUCUGGCCAUUGCAGACUUCGUAUUUGUUCUCUUCCUGCCCCUGUACAUUUCCUAUGUAGCCAUGAAUUUCCAUUGGCCCUUUGGCAUUUGGUUGUGCAAGGCCAAUUCCUUCAUUGCCCAGCUGAAUAUGCUUUCUAGUGUUUUUUUCCUGACAGCCAUCAACCUGGACCGCUACAUUCAUUUAAUCCAUCCUGCUUUGUCUCAACGGUACCGAACCUUGAAGAACUGCUUGGUUGUUAUUAUAUUAAUCUGGCUUUUAGCCUCUCUAAUUAGUGGUCCUGCCCUGUAUUUCCGGGACACAGUGGAGGUCAAUAAUAGCACUCUUUGCUAUAAUAAAUUCCAUGAGCAUGACACUAAUCUCACCUUGAUGAGACACCAUGUUCUCACCUGGAUGAAAUUUAUUGUUGGCUACCUCUUCCCUUUGCUAACGAUGAGCGUUUGUUACCUAUGUCUCAUCUGCAAAGUGAAGAAGCGAAGCAUCUUGAUGUCCAGUAUGCAUUUCUGGACAAUCCUAGCUGUAGUCAUGGCUUUUUUGAUUUGCUGGACUCCUUAUCACCUUUUCAGCAUUUUGGAGCUCACCAUUCAUCACAAUAGCUACUUCUACCCCCUGCUGCAGGCUGGACUCCCCCUCUCCACUGGUCUGGCAUUCCUCCAUAGUUGCUUGAACCCCAUCCUUUAUGUCCUAAUUAGUAAAAAGUUCCAAGCCCGCUUCAGGGCCUCUGUUGCUGAGAUGCUAAAGCAUAAGCUGUGGGAAGUCAGCUGUUCUGGCACAGUCAGUGAACAGCUCAGGAACUCUGAAGCCAAGGCUCUGCCUCUCUUGGAAACAGCCCAGUAACUUACUACUUUUCCAAAAAUAUCAAUGUAACGUUUUCAUGUGGGUCUCUUGGCAAGUGCUUCCAGAUUAAAUUUAGUACUAAGAUUUAGAACUGACCGAGUUUUUGGUUUUGGUCGGUUUAUUGCCUUCCUAUUUUUUUUUGCGCUUGAAAGAUCUUCAUUUUAUUUUUCCCUGCGCAGCUAAACGAUGUCUUUCCAGCUGCCCUCUGCUGGCUCUUGUAAUAAUGACAACCCCAACAUUUCUACAAUUUUAGGCUGCAUAUGUUCAGCUAAAUAGUGC